AUGAGAGAGAGGAGAGAGAAAGACAGCUCUUUAGAGAGAGAAAAUAAGAAAGGAGAGAGAGACUUUUGUUGUGUUGUUUGUUAACAUUUUGCCAUUUUACAGUGAGCUGAGGAGGAGUGGUAAAGAAGAACACUCACACUCACAUUCACACACACACAUACACACAACAACAAACAUGUUUGAUGGAGUCCCAGACCAGUUCCACCAAUUCAUAGCCUCAAGAACAUCUCUUCCUCUCCCUCUCUCCUUCCCUCUCCAUGGCUCGUCCCAACCUUUCCCUCCCUUUGAUCCCUAUCCUCCUCACCAAACAGUACUCCAACCGCCCCAUGACCACCACCUUCUUCACCACCACCAAUUGCACCACCAACCCACCGCCAACAAAGGAGCAGACAAGGAAGAGAACAGCUUGCUUUCUACUAAUCUGGAGCUUGAAAGAGAGAGAUCCAUAGCCGAGCUCAUCGAUCCGUGGUCGAAUCAUGAAGUCCUUGCUUUGCUCAGGAUCAGAUCUAGUAUGGAGAAUUGGUUCCCAGAUUUCACUUGGGAACAUGUUUCAAGGAAGCUAGCAGAGCUUGGAUUCAAGAGGAGUGCUGAGAAGUGCAAGGAGAAAUUUGAAGAGGAAAGCAGAAACUUCAACAGCAUGGGCUACAACAAGAACUUCAGGUUCUUCAGUGAGCUUGAAGAGCUCUGUCAUGGUGAGAACCUUCAAGUACUAGCUGAUCAAAAGAAUCACCAAAACACAGAAAAACCAAAUCAUGAGGCUGAAGAAGAGGACAAGAUGGGGCAGAGUUUGGAAGCUGAAGAUUCAAGAACUGAAAUGGUGGAGAACCCACCUUACAAUAAGGAAGACGAUCGUCACGAGAAAGUGGUGGGGAAAUCGAAGAGCAGUAAUUACAGCAAGAAGAGGAAAAGGAAAGAGAAGUUUGAGAUGUUGAAGGGUUUUUGUGAGGACAUUGCCAAAAAGAUGAUGGCCCAACAAGAGGAGUUGCACAACAAGCUAAUUGAAGACAUGGUGAAGAGAGAUGAGGUGAAGAUUGCAAGAGAAGAGGCUUGGAAGAAGCAAGAGAUGGAGAGGAUUGACAAGGAGAUUCAAAUUAGGGCACAUGAACAAGCCAUUGCAGGUGAGAGACAAGCCACAAUCAUUGAGUUCUUGAAGAAAUUCACUUCAUCAUCAAGUACUAAUUCUUCUCUCCAAAACCAAUCAUGCUUUGGAACUAGAAAUGAAGUGCCACCCAACACUUCACCUUCUCUAAUCCCACCUCUAAACCCUAAUUAUAACCAAAACAAAGUUGAUGCAGAAACAUCAUCCAUCCUUCAAGUUGUUGCCCACCAAAACCCUAGCAACAUCCCAAACACAUCCACCUCAUUACAUGAAAACCUAGUGCCUCAAAACCCCACUUCCCAAAACCCUAAUUCUAUCAAUACCCAAAGCAAGCCAUUAACACCCACAUCAUCUUCAACACCUAAAUCCCCCCAAAACCCUGAUUUUACUACGCCGCCGUCGGAGAGAGAUGACAUUGGUAAGAGAUGGCCUAGAGAUGAAGUGUUGGCACUGAUAAACCUGAGGUGCAAUCUCUACAGUACUAGUGGGAGUGAAGACAAGGAAGGAGCAAAGGGUACUCCUUUGUGGGAGAGAAUCUCACAAGGGAUGUUGGAGUUGGGGUACAAGAGGAGUGCCAAGAGGUGUAAGGAGAAGUGGGAGAACAUAAAUAAGUACUUCAGGAAGACAAAAGAUGUGAACAAGAAGAGGUCUAUGGACUCUAGGACAUGCCCUUAUUUCCAUCAAUUGAGCAGUUUGUACAGCCAAGGAAUACUUGUGGCACCCUUUGACGGGCCGGAAAACCGCUCGGCCGUGCAGCCGAAAAACCACCCGGCAAUGCCGGAAAAGCUCCCCGGAUCUUCUCAAGGUGGUCCUAGUGAUGCAAAUGUGCAUGUUGCUGAAGGUGGGAAGGAUGUAAUUUAGGUACCAGCAUCCUUGAUUUCUUUUUUUUUUCUUUUUGCUUCUGUGUGUGAUUUUCAAUCGGAGUUUUUAUUUUUUAUUUUUUCUGCCUAGGUGAAAUUGAGUAGUACUAGUAUCUUAUCUGACAUUAGUUUUUGUUGGGGGAGUUAUAUAUAUAUAUAUAUAUAUAUAUAUAUAUAUAAUGUAGUGUCACCGACAAACCUGAGAAUAAGAAUCUUUGUUCAAGGUAGAAUCCUAUUCGGGGAAUGCUAUUUCUACUCUUAUUUUUGCUAUUUGGAGAGAAUUAGUGAUUCCCUCAGAUGGUAUAGUACUUGUUCUUUAGCUCCUUGAUUAGAGUUUUCCACAGAAUGAAAUACAAAAAAAAGGGGGUGGAAAAUAAAUUUAGGCUUGAUCAGAAUGGAGGGUUUUGAAAUAAGUUGAUUUCUUUUCAAUGGAUCAAAGCAGUAUAAUUUCAAUUUACAUUUUGUA